GAAUUGACAAUGCGAAGCACUCGUAAUUGACAUAUCACUAUCAGAUCUAGCAGAUAAUGAAUGCAUGUUCUUUUGUCUAUCAGACUCCUUCCUCAAAUGAUAUGAUGUAACGCCUAUGCAUCCCUAAUCCCAAACUAUUGGGAAGAUGUAGACAAAAUUCUUCCAAUACACAUAAAGAAGGAGAUAUAAUUAUUUGCACGAUAAAAGAGGGAAAUACAUUGUCCCCUGCUAGUAAGGGAGAGGUCAAAGAGAUGAUGAACAACUUGGAUAUGGGAGUCUAUAAGCCUUCCAGCAAAGCUUAUGGCACUAAACCAACAUAAUUCUUUGAACCACCCUCUCCUAACGAUUAGGGAGGAGAAUGGCCUACCAAUAAGGUAUAAUUGGGCAUACCCCUCCACUUCUUCUGUUGUCACAUCCACACCUAAUGUACCAAUAUGUUGCAUUAGCCAAGGGAUCAAGAGAAUUUACUUGUUUAGUGGUGUGGGGCCUUGUUCUUCGGCUGGUCUCUCUGUCGCCACAUUGAGACCUAAACACUCCAAUAUCAAUGGCCACCAACCUCCACUUGGGAGCUUUGAACUCCCAAUUAUUGCAUCUCUAUCAAUUGGCAGCUCAGUGAUCAGAGCGACGUCCUUCAACAUGAUAGUCAUCAUCUGUCCCUCGAGAAGGUGAAAGGUGUGUGUCUCCUUCCUUCACCUCUCUAAGACUAGGUUUUUCACACACCAAAUGACUCUCUCGGACUAGGAUGGAUAUAUACACUCUAGGAUCAUGCAUCUCCGAACCUAUCUAGAAUGAAAUAAACAUAAUUUUUAACUUAAUUUAAUAAAUCAAGCAUAGUCGCAGCCACAUAUCAUACUAAGAAAUCCUUAAUUGGUUGGAAAUUGUUGUAAAAAUUCGAUAAUCACAAAAUCAUGAAAACAUAAAGAGUUCAAGUGUAGAAACAAUGAUUUCCAACGGUCAAUCAUGAUUAAACUACUAAGACAUUAUUGGUUUUAUAGCGUCCCAUACAUGAUUCUCAUUCAUAAAUCAAGAUAUAAAAAUUGUACGACAAAUAUACUAAACAGUACAGCUUAUGAUACGGAAAAAUGAGGGAAACCCUAGCCUGUUUACUUUCAUUUCUGUUUCCUGUUUUCGAGAAAACAUAUGUUGAAAACAGGUGAAAAUAACAUUUUUUCGUUUCCGAAAACAGCAGGAAGUUGCCACUUUUUGUUUUCAUAGUUGGAAACGAAUAUAAAACAGAAUGAAAAGUAAACAAGUUUUCUCGUUUCAGUUGUCAAAUUUAUGACAUGAAAACAGAAAACAGGAAACGAAAAUGAAAGUGAACAGAGAUUCUUCCAGUUUUGGCAAAUGUUGGACAAAGAUUCGUCUGGAGUUUUGAAGGGGUGAUAUAGCCAACUAUAGAAAAACUUUUUUGGUGUUGGAGAUCGAGCUUAGCUGCAACCACAUAGCAUACUAGGAUUUUCCUUCACUGGUGGAAGGAUGAGAAGAAGAAGAGUGGAGUUGUGUGAGUGGUGAUGCAAAUGAGAGGGUAUUUAUAGUUUCGUGGGAAGGAAGCAGAUCGCUGCAUUGUGGAGCGAAUCAAGCGAAUCGCUGAUGUGUUCUGCGAUCAACUGUUGUCUGCUCUUCUCACCCGAGAUCCACAUCACUAAAAAUGUGCCAAUCAAUGACCAAUGGUGUAGAUCACCUCUGAGCCGAGCGAUCUGAUACCACGUGUUGUGCAUUGCUUGAUUCAUUAACGAUCUGCACCGUCGGUCUAUGCCAAUCGCCCUACCCCAGCGCGAUCUACCUUGAUCGCUUAUCAAUUAAGCGAACCGCUCGUUGUUCGCUUCAACCUCCAAUGAACAAAAUUGAUCCCUUCUUUGUGACGCGAACUAUCUCACAGUUCGCUUAUGUGUUAGGUGAACCUCUUAAAGCUUUAGUAUUUUGGGAAAUAUUAGUGUAAGUUUGGUAUUGUGAGAAUUUUUUAGUAACUAAGACAUUUUUGGGGAAAAUCAUUUAGAUACAAUUUGAAGAACACAUAUCAGGGUGCAAUAUCGGCUAGUUGGCAGGAGCAACUACAUCACUCAUGCUAGCUUUCAGAAUUCGGACUACAUGUUGAACUAAUUGUGUAAGCUUGACUCUAGAGACCCACUGACCAACCCUGAACCGUCUCGAUCUUGAGGAUUGGUCUGUGUCAGUAUAGCGACGAGCCUGUAAGAGUAGGGCCGAGUCAGGUCAACUUAGGGGCGAGUUACUUUUUGACCUUGUGACCCAUUGCAACAAUAGUGAUAUGAAAUUCCUCAUACCAACACAUUUGACUUGUUUGUAAAGUUUUAAGAGUUUAGGUGCUAUAAUGCAAGGUAAAAAAUAUAGAGAUACCAAAACGAAAUUUUACCACCAAAAUAUUUGGAGCUAUUUGUAAAAAAAAUAAAGUUUAGGUACCAAAAUGCGAUCUUUUAAAAAUCUAUUUGUUGAUUUGAGCCGACCCACUGACUCGCAGCGCUCCAACCCUAGAGGAUCAGACAGGGUCGUGAGGGAGACAGAAAUGGGGCGGGUCAGUCAGUAAUAUAAAUUGAUCCCUUAGGAGCGGGUGAGAGAUGACGAGGAACAAAUCAUACCAAUUUUC